AUGUUCAAAAAUCUUCGUCGAAACAACUCUGUUAGCGGUCGAAAGCGAGCCCUUUCAUCGCUUCCUACACCUUUGGAGGCAAGCGUGGCUAUAGGGAACAGCGACUAUGCACUUAAAUGCCACAGGAUAAUGGAACUCUACUGGUCAAUACGCGACCUUGGGGUUCAAGCAGUGUUCGAUGUUCCAAGAGUUGUCGUUAUCGGUGGCCAGUCCAGCGGCAAAAGCUCCCUGGUUGAAGCCGUCAGCGGAAUAACCGUGCCUCGCGAUAGUGGUACAUGUACACGGUGCCCCAUGGACUGUUCCAUGUCCAGCGACGCAAGUUCCUGGUCCUGUACCCUCAGUUUGUCCCGUGAAUUUGACAAAGAAGGAAACCGCCUGUCAAUGCCCAGGAUCGAACCAUUUGGGCCGGUCAUCGAGGACAAGGCAUUACUAGAGUUGUGGAUUCGUCGUGCACAGAGUGCCAAUCUUAGCCCCCAUAGGCCUAUGUCGGAUUUCUACUCUAUGACAGAGAUCGAGUUGAAAAACAACGAUGAUCCAGAAAUCCUUCCUUUCUCCAAGAAUGCAAUUCAUAUCAGAUUAAAGGAUCCGAAUGCCACCGACCUUACGUUCGUCGAUAUGCCAGGGUUGAUACAAAAUGCCGAUGAAGCAAUCAUAGCACUCGUUCGAAAUCUGGUGGAAAACUACAUCGCAAUGCCAAACACCCUCAUCGUUGUUGCGAUGCCGAUGACUGACGACAUCGAAAACAUGCAAGCUUUGGCUCUUGCUAAAGAUCCAAAGGUAGAUCCGUAUAAACAGAGGACAAUUGGCGUCCUUACCAAACCUGAUACCCUUGGGGAUGGGUCUCGGGGCCGUCGAGAUGCAUGGAGAAAGCUCUUGUACCCUCAGCAAGAUGAAGAGAGGGUGGACAAGCAUGGCUACUAUUGUGUUCGCCUACUCCACGACGACGAGCGAUCUCGCGCAGUGAGCAAAUUCGAGGCCGAACGCAUAUCCGCCCAAUUUUUCGAAACAGUUGAGCCUUGGUGCUCCAUCGCCGACAGAAGCCGCUUCGGUAUCCCUAAUUUUGUGAAAAGCAUCAGCAAGCUUCUCAUUGAGCUCAUCGAGAAAAAUCUCCCAAGCUUGCAGAAUGCGGUCAACAAUGAACUUUCGAACGUCCAGUCUGAAUUGCGCAAUCUACCUCGACUUUCAACGAACGACCCCACGACCGACGUUAUGGUCUGCAUCCACAACUUUUGCAAGGCCAUUACCAGCGACGAGGAACCAGGGGUGCAUCAACUCAAGCUUAUUCAAGACAACAGAUACCGAUAUUUCACGUUUAAACACGACAUUGAAAUGACUUCCCCAAACUUCUAUCCCUUUGAAAACGUUCAUCCUAUUUCAUCUCGCCUCAAUGUCCAGUCUCAGUGUGAGCCUCGUGCUCUAGCUGACGUACGGGAGGUUAUCAAGAAAUCGAUUGCCUGGGAACUUCCUGGGAACAUUCCAUACAAGGCGACGCAAACCCUGACAUUGCAGUACACGUCCCUUUGGAAGCAACCGUCCCUUCUCUGUUUUGAUGACAUAGUCGACAAUACGCGCGAUUUCAUCAAUGUGCUACUGCAAGAAAACUUCGGAAGAUACAAAGAGCUGGAAAGAUAUAUGAGAGGAUUUGUCUUUUCAGAGUACGAGGCCCAUGUUCAGAAGACACGUCGCAUCCUGGAAAGAUACAUAGAGCACGAGAGCACCCCGAUGUACACUCUCAACGAUAGUUAUACGAAAGAGAAGGCUACAUGGGUGUCUAAGUACAAGAGCAUGUGUGCUGGGUUCAAUUCGUAUCCAUCUCCCGCCUAUAUCAAUGCGGGCUCGUGGGACCCCCUACAUAUCCUCUACCAUUUCCCGCCUCCUGCACCGACCAACCGGCCAGCGGCUUCGACAUGGGACGACGAGAUAAAUCUUAUUUCUGGAGUGCAGGCAUACUUUCAAAUCGCCCACAAACGAUUCAUUGACUACAUCCCCCUUACUAUCGAGCAUGAGCUGAACCAACGCUUUGCAACCUCCAUACAUCAGACAGUCUUGAAUGCCUUUGUAAAGAAGGUGCAAUCUGGCGAGGUGGAUCUGCAAGAUCUUGUGAAAGAGGAUCCCGUAGUCGAAAGGAAGAGGAAGGAUUUGGAGGACAGAAAGGCGCGCUUGACGCAGAUCAAGCACAAGAUAGACUGCUUCUUUUCUGGUGGCAAGUAA